AUGUUUGCAGUGCGGUCGCCGAUUUACCGAUUGUCGUAUAGCUGGCCUGUCCUGGCUCGAUCCUACUUUCGAGCCCAGCCCACCUCGUUUGCCUCCUUCCAGCGCUAUUCAAACAUUGCGACGACGCCCGCCGCGAGAAUGCCGAACAAUCCCAAGAAGCAGUUUGGGGGCAAUUUUCGCAAGAAAGCCAAGUUUGACAAGAAAAAGAAGAGCAGUGAACAUGAUGAGGUCCUGCUAGCGGACGUUGACGAACUGAUCAAGCGCAAUCGCCCCGAAGAGGACCAGUCCAACAGCGACAAUGACACUCCGCCUCCCACUCUCCCCGAGACUUUUACCGAGAUCGAAUUGACGGUCUCUGAUAUCUCCUCGACCGGUGAUGGACUUGCGCUCUCUGAGAAUAAAGAUCAUGUCUAUGUUGUGCCCUUUACGGUUCCUGGCGACAAGGUGCGCGCGAAAGUCAUUCGACACUGUCCCGCUCAGUCUUACACUAUCACCGAUUUCUUGAGCGUGAUUGAGCCGGGUCCGAAACGAAACAAUUCCCUUAUCAAGUGUCAAUACUUUGCCAAGUGUUCUGGAUGUCAAUUGCAGAUGAUGUCGUACGAGGACCAAUUGGCGCAUAAGCGGCGCAUUGUGGAGAAGGCCUACGCCAACUUCUCUGGUUUGAUCCCGGAAUUGGUCCCCUCAGUCGGCGAAACAUUCCCAUCGCCUAUGCAAUACGGAUAUCGCACGAAGCUCACGCCACACUUUGCCCAGGGAGGCGCAAAGAAGAAGUCGAAUGACGAAUCGCAGGAGGUCAAGGUUCCACCAAUUGGCUUCUGCUACAAGAACCGAAGAGCAGAUAUGGAUAUCGAGGAUUGCCCAUUGGGAACGGACAUCGUGCGCCAAGGGCUUAAGAGCGAGCGAAAACGGGUUGCUGAGAACAUUCGCUCGUACAAGAGGGGCGCCACUCUUCUAAUGCGGGAAAGCACCUCUCGCAUUGCAAAGGAUGCAUCCGGAGCUGAGACUGAUGUCAAAGAUAUCAACGGUCUUACAUCAACCUCUGGUGCCGACACAGGUGACGUGAUCCGCAUCGAUCGUGGGAGCUAUAUUGAGGAAAAGCGUUGUAUCACCGAUAACAACGCUACGACGGUCGAGUAUGUCGAUGACUUCAUUUUCAGCAACAAAGCCGGCGCCUUCUUCCAGAACAACAACUCAAUUCUCUCAGGAUUCACCGAGUUCAUCCGCUCGCACGCUCUCCCUCCCAACAAUGAUCAAGACCCCACCCCCAUCAAGUAUCUCCUCGACGCCUACUCGGGCUCUGGCCUGUUCACAAUCACCCUAUCAACAAUCUUCAAGUCCAGUCUAGGUGUUGAUGUCGCUGGCGACUCUAUCGUCUCCGCUCGCGAGAACGCCAAGGCUAAUAAUCUCCCCAACACGGGAUUCGCCGCCGCGGAUGCUGCCGUCCUCUUCAAGGACGUUCCCUACCCGCCGGACCAGACUCUGCUUGUUAUUGACCCUCCGCGCAAGGGCUGUUCGGAGGACUUCCUCCAGCAACUUCUGGCCUUCAAGCCCCGUCGUGUUGUCUACGUUAGUUGCAAUGUCCAUACCCAGGCCCGGGAUGUGGCCGUCAUGGUACAAGGCGACGAAAAGCAAGACGUGCGAUACGAGAUUGAGAGCGUUCGUGGAUUCGAUUUCUUCCCUCAAACUGGCCAUGUGGAGGGUGUUGCUAUCUUGAACCGUACCUUAUUCCCCAAAAAUGACUCCGUUUGA